AUGCUGCCGAAGUCUACCUUAAAGUUGCUGGUGAUUGCAUUGCUUUUCCACUUAUCGUUGGUUAGCGGUGCCAAAGGUAAAGCCAACAAAUCGAAAAAGAAAGCGGCGCGUAUAGUUGGAGGGAAUGUCAAUGUCAUCAGAAACUAUCCGUAUAUUGUGCAGUUGGAGCGAAAUGGAAAUUUCUUCUGUGGCGGAACGAUUAUAUCGCAGCGUCACAUAUUAACUGCCGCCCAUUGCAUAAUGAAUGACCGAAGACCUUCAGAUAUCACUGUAGUUGCUGGAGUGGGCCGACUUGGUGAUACCAACAGCGCUACCCGCGUUACCAGAAGGGUGAGCAAAAUUAUCAAACCAAGAAACUUUUCACUGGGCGAUAUGAACAACGAUGUGGCAGUUCUCAGAACCAGCGCUCCUUUGGCGGGUCGUAAUAUUCGUCGUAUUCGUUUGUGCCGGGCUAACAUUCGACAGGGUAUGGUCAUGCGUGUCGCUGGUUGGGGUGUCACUAGUGAGAACAGCAUCACUCCCUCUACUCGAUUGCGUGUGAUUAAGGUGCCAGUGGUUUCCAGGGCCACAUGUCGUUCUCAAUAUAGUGGCGUCGCUACUCUGACCGGAACCAUGUUCUGCAUGUCCAAGCCGAGAAGGGAUGCUUGUUUUGGCGAUUCGGGAGGUCCCGCAGUGAGACGUGGACGUGUUUGUGGCAUUGUUUCUUUCGGAAAUGGUUGUGCCAGAAGAAAUUUUCCUGGUAUUUAUACUCGUGUAACACCUUUGAGAAGGUUUAUCAACCAAGGAUUAUCACAAUAA